CCGCCCCCACGGGCCUGGCCGCGUGACGUCGGGGAGGCGGCGCGCGAUGGAGGCGCGCGGGGAGCUGCGGGUCGGGUUCGUGGGGGCCGGGCGCAUGGCCCAAGGGGUGGCGCAGGGCGUGGUGCGCGCAGGAAAAGUCAGAGCUGCUAACAUCGUGGCCAGUGCGCCGUCCGACAGGAACUUGGGCGCCUUCCAGGAUUUGGGCUGCAGGACGACGCACUGCAACAGCGAGGUGCUGCAGCGCUGUACCCUGGUCUUCCUAGCCACCAAGCCUCACCUGCUUCCUGGAGUCCUGCAGGAGAUUGCUCCUGCCGUUACCCGGGACCACAUUAUCGUAUCGGUGGCUGCUGGGGUCACUUUGCAGACCCUGCAACAGCUUCUCCCUGCUGGGACCAAGGUGCUGCGGGUCAUGCCCAACCUGCCCUGCGUGGUGCAGGAGGGGGCAGUGGUGGUUGCCCGGGGGAGCUGUGCUGGGGAGCAGGAGGCCGCCCUGGUGAGAAGCCUGCUGUCCGCCUGCGGGCUGUGUGAAGAAACGCCGGAGUCCUACAUCGAUAUCCACACAGGCCUGAGUGGCAGCGGGGUAGCCUACGUUUACUUGUUUGCCGAAGCCCUGGCAGACGGUGCUGUGAAGAUGGGCAUGCCCAGUGCCCUGGCCAAUAAAAUUGCAGCCCAGACACUGCUGGGAGCAGCAAAGAUGAUCCUGGAGACAGGGGAGCACCCGGCCAAGCUGCGCAGCAACGUCUGCACGCCUGGCGGCACCACCAUCCACGCCCUGCACGAGCUGGAGAAGGGGGCGCUGCGGGCCACCGUCAUGAACGCCGUGGAGGCUGCGACCAUGCGGGCUCGCGAGCUGGGCGAGAGAUAGGGGCCCAGCCGGGCGGGGUGUUCCGGGGCGCCUGGCCUGUCUGAGCCACAUGAAAUCUCCGUCCCGUGAAGGAAGGAAGUUUCCCAGGUUGUCCAGCGGAUGUAGAUCCCAUUCUUCCCUUCCUAGGUGCCUCUCUUCCUGCCUGAGGGAUUCCCAGCUCCAGGUCACCAGUGAUAUCCUCUAGCCCCAGUCCUUCCCCACGGGACAUGGCUUCCCCACAGGUGAGGCAGGGUCCCCUUGUGUUCCUGGCAGUCCCCUGACCUGCCUUGGCCCAGCCCUGCCUCGGCUGUGGGGACUUCACACUCGUAGCCAUUCCAUAUGUGUUGUGUGCUCUCUCCGGACGGUGGGUCCCUAAUAAAUAAUAACAACAGCAGGACGUGGGAGCUGCUGGCCCAGA